GCGGGUAAAACUAAUUCGUCACUCAUCCAAGUUUCUAUCAAAGAUGUUUCUACUAGGAAUAUUGUGUGCCCUUUUCAUCACUGUCUCAGCAGAUUCUUGUUAUAGUAAAGUUGAAGAAACUUGUAAAUCUGCACUUCCUGCAAAUAAAAACUCAUUGUUCCCGAAUUGUAAUGCCACAUUUGGGAGUAUCAAGGAAUUACAGGCCGAUCUUCAAGCAUACGCAAAUGCUCAUAUUGAAUCUAGCUAUGAAUUAUUAUUAAUGUCAACUCAGUUUGGAAAUUAUGAAUCAAAUCGAGAUGGCUUUAAAGCAUUAUAUCGUAAACUUUCAGAUAAAACAUGGGAAGAUGCUAUUAAUAUAAUAAAAUUCAUUACCAAAAGGGGUGGUAGAAUGAAUUUCAAUCAAUUGCCACGAUAUAAGAAAAAUGGGAAGGAGAGUAAAAUAUUACAGUUUAAUGAAAUUAAUAGUUUAGCUAAAGCACUUGAUAUUGAAAAACAACUUGCAGAAGAAGCUUUAAAUAUUCAUUCAAAAGCACAACAUCACACCAAGCAAGAUCCAUCUAUAGCUCAUUAUGUAGAAGAACAAUUUAUGGAACAACAGGCUGAUUGUGUGCGUCAAUUAGCUGGACAUAUAAAUGAUUUGAAAAAACUGUUAUUGACAGAUCAUGAUGCUUCUAUUUCUGUAUUCUUAUUUGAUGAAUAUCUUAAGAAAACUGUGUAAAUCUUCAUAAAUCAACAAAUUCUAUAAAUCAUUAUAAAUAAUGCACUUAUUGAUAUUUGUGUCUCUCCUAUUCAGUUUUUAUUUCUUUUACGAUUUGUAAUAUAUAAAAUUAGGAAGAAUAAAUAUCCAAAAAUA